UACACGAGCGGCGCCUUGUUUUGGUCUGUUAUGGCUUCGCAAAAAAAGAAAACUCGGCGACUUUUGGAGGAACUUAUGCAGCGGUUCAAACGGACUUGGUACGUUUCCGUUGUAAAUAACGGUCAGAUGCAUACUUUGCGCUCGUGCUUUGUUUAAUUGCACUUUUGGGAUUUUUUGCAGACAGCGCUUUGAUCUCCGGGGUAAAUGGGGUCGUGCGCUGCUGACUGCGCUUGUUUUGAUAAUGCGUUCGGAUCUCCGGACUGAAAAGGACGCUGUUUUGUAAUUUUUACAGUUUUGUAUUUUUUACAUAAUAAACCUGGUGCUUUCCGGUACUUGCAAUAUUUUUGAGGAUGUCCGAUAGAUUAUUUAAACUUAGUUGUAACAAUGUAAUGCUGCUGAAAAAAAAAUCCAAGUGCACUACUGUGUCGAUGAACUGUUAUAAUUGAAGCUCUUGACGGAGCGCACAAAAGUGACUUGUUUAAGUGCUAUUUUUUUUUUUUUUUUCAUUUUUACUCAAUGGAACCAUUUUUAUCUCCGCGCUCUUAUUUGACGAAGAGUACAUGCAUAACGCUUUGACUUUCAAUCCUGCAAUUUUUCUAUAGUUUAUUUUUUUAUACCAUGGCAAGCCCGACCACGGAGCAAGGAUGUUUUUCGGACGUGAAAAAGGUGGGUUAUUUAAGGAAACCCAAAAGCAUGCACAAAAGGUUUUUUGUACUGAGGGCGGCGAGCGCCUGCGGACCGUCCCGAUUGGAGUACUACGAAAACGAGAAGAAGUGGAGACACAAGUCUGGAGCACCGAAAAGGUCCAUUCCGCUGGAGAGCUGCUUUAACAUCAACAAAAGAGCGGAUUCUAAAAACAAACAUCUAGUCGCGCUUUACACCAAGGAUGAGUACUUUGCCAUCGCUGCUGACAGCGAGGUAGAGCAGGAGUCAUGGUAUCAAGCCCUGGUUGAUCUUCAUAACAGAGGUAAGGUCCACGAAACUGCUGCGGGCCGCGGAGUUGGCGAGGAUAAUUACGGCGAAGCCACACCGGGACCUGCCUUCAAAGAGGUUUGGCAGGUUAUUUUGAAACCAAAGGGUCUUGGUCACACAAAGAACUUGAUUGGUGUUUACAGAUUAUGCCUCACCAAUAAGACUAUCAGUUUUGUGAAACUCAAUUCUGAUGCGGCCGCUGUGGUCCUGCAGUUAAUGAACAUUAGGAGAUGUGGUCACUCUGAACAUUUCUUUUUCAUUGAAGUCGGGAGAUCUGCCGUGACCGGGCCUGGGGAGUUUUGGAUGCAAGUGGAUGACUCCGUUGUGGCUCAGAACAUGCAUGAAACUAUAUUAGAAGCCAUGAAAGCCAUGAGUGAGGAGUUCAGGCCGCGCAGCAAAAGUCAGUCAUCUUCCAACUGCUCAAACCCCAUCUCAGUUCCUGUCAGGAGGCAUCAUCACAACAAUCCACCCCCCAGUCAAGUUGGUUUAGGCAGGCGCUCUCGGGCAGAGAGUGUGACGGCCACUUCUCCUGUUAGACCUGGCAAACACAGCCAUUCAUUCAGAGUGAGAGCGUCCAGUGAUGGGGAGGGCACCAUGUCCAGACCGGCGUCUGUUGAUGGCAGUCCGAGCACAGCCCGACCUCAGUCGCAGCGACACAGGGGUGGAUCCAGACUUCACCCACCACUCAAUCACAGCAGAUCAAUCCCCACACCCACCUCACGGUGCUCCCCCUCAGCCAUCAGCCCCGUCAGCCUGUCUUCCAGCAGCACCAGUGGCCACGGAUCCACGUCUGACUGCCUCUUUCCACGCCGCUCUAGCGCCUCCAUAUCUGGAUCGCCCAGUGAUGGCGGAUUCAUCUCCUCAGAUGAAUAUGGAUCUAGCCCCUGCAACUUUCGGAGCUCCUUCCGUAGCGUGACUCCAGAUUCGCCACAUGCCAGGGAGGAGGAGAUAAACACCUACAUCUGCAUGGCCAAGCCUGGUUCACUUCCUGGCACUGGGAGCCAAUCGCGAAGUCAAUCCAGGGGAACGCCAUCGAGACUGGAGGAGCCCGAGCUGGAGAAAUGUUUCCGGAAGCGAAUGCAUUCUUCUGGUGCAUCGCCGCCAACUCCGUGCCAUCAAAAGACUCCCUCACAGUCAUCUGCUACUUCGCUAGAGGAAUAUACUGUAAUGAUGCCCACAUACCCACGAAGCCACUCUGCAUCAUCAUCGUCGUCAACAUACAGGCACUCCUUCAUGCCUACACAUUCAUAUCCAGAGGAAGGUAUAGACGCUUCACAAGCAAAAGACCACAGUAGACCAGAUCACAAAGAUGACGGCUACAUGCCCAUGCUGCCUGGCGUUGCGCCUGCGACCCCAACAGUGAAAAGCGGUGACUACAUGCCCAUGACUCCAAAAAGUGCGUCUGCACCACAACAAAUUAUCAACCCCCGGCAACACUCACAUGUUGACUCCAAUGGUUACAUGAUGAUGUCACCAAGUGGCAGCUGCUCUCCAGAUGGCACAACAAACUAUGGCAAGAUCUGGACUAAUGGCAUCAACCCUAAGCUCUCCAUAGAGAGUAUGGAAGGUAAAGUGUCAUCUUGUGGAGACUACAUAAACAUGUCCCCGGCUAGUUGUUCGAUGACCAGUACGCCUCCAGACUGCUUUUUCAACCCUGUAGAAGAUCCUCCCAGGCCAAUGUAUGCUUACUUCUCUCUGCCCCGUUCCUUCAAACAUGCCAACAGGAAGCAGGACCAGAGCUCUCUUCGGAUAUCACUGGGCUCGAGUCGAUUGGAAUACGCAGACUCUUCAUCGUCUUCAGCGAGCAGUGACAGCUUGGGUGGUCAAGGCAACUCGCAGCAGUCUGCUGUCAAGCCCAAAAGGUCAGAGGGCAGCGGGAGGCUGACACGUCCAACACGGCUGUCACUGGACACCAGCAAAGCAAGUACUCUUCCACGAACACGUGAGAGUCCCUUCCCCGCUGAGCCCAAAAGUCCUGGCGAGUAUGUCAACAUUGAAUUCAACGACAAGACGUUUUCGGCGAGCUUAGCAUCGCUGUUCCCGCCUGUGUUUUCUGGAAGUGAUGCUGAGGCCCCAUCAGACCUUUCAUCAUCUGAGUACAUGAACAUGCAGCUGGGGUCGCAGGCAGGGCGUUUGUGCCCAGAAAUGCAGAUUUCCACUUCCUGUUCAGACUAUGCCAUAAUCACUCCAUCAAACUCUGUAUCCUCCCCUCCACUGCCCUGUGAGAGCAUAUGUGACCGUGACUACAUCAGCAUGCAGUUAGCAUCCUGCACUAGCUUUCCUGAUACUCAGAUGAUGCUGAUGACCAAGGCCUUGCCAGAUGCAGAUGAUGCCCCUCCUUGUUCUGUAUCACCCAAUCAUGAUGUGACGGCAUUAAGCGGUGCCCCAGGGAGAUCGGCUCUGAUUGGCCCUUUGUCAGGUCUUAGUGCAUUCACACGGGUAAACUCCACUUCUGGGCGAAACCAAGGGGCUAAAGUAAUCCGGGCUGACCCACAGGGUCGACGGCGACACAGUUCAGAAACAUUUGCUUCCACAACAACCAGAGGGUCAGUUGACACAUCGGCCACCUGUCAGUCAGGUGAAGUAAAGCGCCACAGCUCCGCCUCUUUCGAGAAUGUGUGGUUAAGACCUGGUGAGGCCUCUGCUACUUCUACCGCUCCUCCUGCAUCUACAGUAACCAACGGACGAAGGGAAAACUCUUCAGGCACAAUUCCCACAUUAACAAACCAUGACCAGAACGGCCUGAACUACAUCGAUCUGGAUCUAGUGCAGAAUGGAGAGCAGCAUGCUCCAGACUGGAAUGCGUUCCACUCUCAGCCAGUGGAGCUGGGAGCCGUGGAAGGUAUAGAAGAGCUCAGUGCCUACGCCAGUAUAAACUUCCAGAAAUCAGAUGAGACCAGAGGGAAUCUCACAAGCAGAGAAGAAUGAAGAGUAUAAAGCCGCCGCAUCUUCAAGCGUCCAGAGUCCAGACUCAAAUCUCUCCCCGUUCACCACAAGCCGGACCUCAGAAAACUGGACCUCAAUAAACUCACUAACCUCAUUUUCCAGAACCACAUUAUCACCCGGACGCUACCAAAACCAUAUGGACAAAACAGACCUCAUAACAUCACAUAUCCGGACCUCACAAAUGCUGGAUUCCACUAACCAUAAAUCUCUCACAAGCGGACUAUCACUGUGCUUCAGACAUUACCAGACGUUACUGUCCAACUGUUACAGGCUCGGUACAAAUCGAUUUCUACCAUCAGACGUGGUAAAACGGCACUGUUUGAGGUAAAGGCCAAUGGUACUGCAGUAGUAGUUGUAGUCUCUCAAGCAAUGUUACAUUAAUAUUUAUGUAAAUGAUGGUACUUCACUAGUAGCCAAUGUACGACAAUUGUUUUGGUACAGGAAUUCUUUACGAAGCAGCCAUAUUGUGUUGGGUUUGUACGACAGUCCCCAACAGUGCUGAUUGUACCCGUUUCUGUCAAUACUGCCAGAUAUUUCCAUUACAUCUGGAAUUACACAUUGUGAUACAGCUCUCAAUUAGACACUUUCAUACACCCAGUACGGAGAACCUCAAACACCCCGACUUUCACCUCAGGAUUUUACGAAAGAGUUUACACAGACACACACACACUGUGUUUCAGCACUGUGAGCCAUGACUGACCUCAUGCUGCCAAACAAACACUGUGAUGUCUGUCAAACCCAUGUUUCAUUUCAUACUUGGUCACAUUAUAUCCCGUGGUGUUUAUAUUGGCCUCCAAACAGAACUUCAC